AUGCCCGCAGUCCUUCAUGGGUGCUGCUACAACUGCGGUGAAGAAGGCCACAUCUCGGCCAAAUGCAGGAACCCCACCAAGUGCGUGCGCUGUAAUGGCCAGGGUCACAUUGCGCGUGAGUGCAGCAGUCCGCGGAGUUCCUUGCCGGUGGAUGCGGACGGGCGGGCCCCUCUGGCGCUGCGCCCGCCUGCUGGGUUGCCCUCCCGCCCCCUGCCGCCGUUGGAUUCCCCGCCAUCCGUGCGUAUUUCGGUGGAUUCGGACCGCUCGGCGCCUGCGCUGCCCCCGCCGCCGGGACCGCCCCCCUCUGGGCCAGUGCGGCUAUGUCGUCCAUGGAGUGAGGUGGUCCGCCCUGCUGCGGAGCGGGUGGUGGCCGGGCCGGGGUUUUCUGGCCCCUUCUCGGGCGAGGCGGUGGUCGAUGCCAUGCUGCUGUAG